UCAAACCGCGCGCUCCAAAAGACCGUUGCUAGGAGUAGACAAUUGAGAUACGAUUGGCUGUCCUUUAACCAAUCACGGAAAUGUUUGAUCACAUGACAAGCGAUUGAGCACCCUCACAUAUACUCUAUUGGUUACAUGAAAACACUCGUGAGCCAAUGCCGUCUCUAGUAUUCGACUGAGUUCUCUUACAGGUCGUUCGUGUUCGAUUGACGCCUCUUUCCUCCAAUUAACGAACAGUCAUGUUGUAUCGCGCCCAAUCACAGUUGCUUUAUGCACAUUCGAGGCGGAGUUUGUUAGAAGAGAGCGCGGGACGGGAAGUAAGUGAUUGAGGCGAUUUGAGGCGCAGAGAAUGAGUGAGCGGGAAAUUAAACAACUAGAGAAGGCAAAAUGCAAAGCUCAGAGGUCCCACAACCUAAAGGAGGAGGCGUCCGUGUGUAACCAGCUGGGGGAGCUCCUGGGCCGCACUGGUCAGUACCGGGAGGCUAUAGAGGAACAUCGGCAGGAGCGGGUGAUCUGCGAGGGGUUAGCUGAUGUGAUUGGCUGUGCUAUAGCCAAUCGGAAAAUUGGAGAGUGUUUUGCUGAGUUGGGGAACUUUGAGGCAGCACUGAAGCACCAGCGGCUCCAUUUGGAUCUAGCUCGUUCUGUUUGUUCUGAUGUCGAGGAGCAGAGAGCCCUGGCCACCAUCGGCCGCACCUACCUGUAUAUGUGUGACACGGGCCGAGCCGACGAAGCCAAGGGACCUGCAGAGGAAGCUUUCCUGAAGAGCCUGGCCAUUGUGGAUGAGAAGCUGGAGGGAAAGGUCUCAGUGCGAGAGCUGAAUGAGAUGAGAGCUCGACUCUACCUCAAUCUGGGUCUCCUGUACGAUCAACUGAAACGGACUGACAAGUGCAGCUUCUACAUCCGGAAAAGUGUCUUUAUAUCUGAGCAGAACCAGCUGUUUGAGGACCUGUAUCGAGCCAACUUCACUCUGGCCGGGAUCCACAUGCGCAAUAAGGAACAUUCCAAGGCCAUUAGGUGCUGGGAGGCAGCUCGGGAAUGCGCCCGCCGCAUGCGGGACAAACAUAUGGAGAGUGAAUGCUACAGCAGCAUCGGUCAGGUCUUACUGUCCCUGGGGGAUUUAUCUGCUGGAAAACGCUCCCUCAAAAAAUCCUUUCUCCUUGGCUUUCGGGAUCUGACGGACAGAGACAUUGUGCGCAGGAACCUUAAAUACGCGAUGAAAGGUUGUCGAGUGGAGGAGGCCUUGUCUGAGCUGAGUGAAGAGGAUCAGCAGGGGGCGCUGUGUCUCUAUGAGCAGCUGGGGGACCUCUAUUGUAAAGUUGGCUGCUACACCAGAGCCAUUGAGUACUACAAAAUGCAGCUCAACUGUGCUGAGUCCCUGGGGAAGCCGGAGCGGGAACUGGCAGUUAUUCACGUGUCCUUAGCUGCCACCUUUACUGACCUGAAGGAACACACACAGGCUGUGAAGCAUUACCAGGCCGAGCUGGAAUUGAGGAAGGGAAACCCAUCUGAGGAAUGUAAGACUUGGAUGAACAUUGCUUUGUCUUAUGAAGAGGACGGACGAGAGCCCAGAGACAUACACAGUUGCCUCUCCAGUGCAUUGCAGUGUGCCCGGCGGGCUGGAGAGACUGUGCUGCAGAGGAAGGUUCUCCGCCAAUUGCUGGCCCUGCAGGAGAAGUUGGGGGACCCAGAAGUGGGGGACACAGAGGCAAAACUGCAGGAGCUUUGUUCUGGAGUCAGUGGGGAGUGCAGUGAGGAAGAGGAGGAGAUGGAGAAUAGUGAGCCUCUGCAGGAGAGCGACUUGGAACUGUCACAAAGCGAGGAUGAUGAGGAUCUUGAUGGCUAUGAAAAACUGGUUCCUGGCAAGAGAAGAGUAAACCGGUGGAAGCGGCGCAAUGAGAAGGGUGAGACUGUGCUGCAUCGGGCCUGUAUUGAGGGCAACAUCAAGCUUGUCAAGUCUUUGCUAGAGAAGGGCCAUCCUCUCUCCCCCAGAGAUUACUGCGGCUGGACCCCCCUCCAUGAGGCUGCUAACCACGGCCACUUGGAAAUUGUGCAGAUUCUAUUGGACAAAGGCACAAACAUUAAUGAUCCGGGGGGGCCUUUGUGUGAGGGUAUCACCCCCCUCCAUGACGCCCUGUCCAGUGGCAACUUCCUCGUGGCCCAGCUGCUAAUCCGCCGAGGUGCAUCCGUGACUAUGAAGAAUGGCAAGGGUGUCACCCCUUUGGGAAGCCUCCAGGAAUGGAUCCGUACCUAUGGGAAACAUCUGGAUCAGGAGACCAGGCAGAACUGCAAGGAAACUGAAAGCCUACUGCGGGAAGCUCUCGCCGGCCGGGUGGCUGCUGAACCCUCUCAACCGGAGACCCUUCAGGACAGCGAGUUGUUCGAUGCCGAGGGCUCCCAGCCGGAUUCACUGGCUCCUUCCUGGGAUUCCAGAGCUGAUCAAGAAAGGACUGAACCUCAUAGAGAGAGAAGGAGGAGCGACAGGACAACCCUACCCAAGAAUGUCCCACUUUCAGCCCUAGAUGAAGAGCAGGAUGAUUUUCUCAGCUCAUCUCCUUCUAUCUACACAAGCACACAAGCUGGUGGGGAUUUUAGUGAGGAGCCAUUUGAGCAGCUCUUGACUCCAUUAAAACCUGUUAAAAAGAGGCCUCGAUUUGAGGGGAAAUUGCCCCUGUCAGACUCUGCUCUUGUAAGAGAACCAUUAGAUGAACCUGAGGCAGAGAAUCCAUCUUUCCUUCCAAUCCACCAAGCUAGGCUGCCCAACAGCGGCAUGGAGCAGUACCAGAAAGCCAUGAGGGAUUUGGGCAGUGCCAAGUCUCGGCUGCUUACUCAGUCUCUGGCACAGCCAACCAGCUUUACUCAAGACACUCUAUCCAAGAUGGCUCUGGUACCAUCCGAGGAGUACCUUGAUGAUGAUUGGCUGGAAGAUGACCUCCAGGAGGCCUCACGCAGCAGAAAGAGACAGUGCAGGUCUCCCACAUUUACUCCAAGCAUAGAGGAGGAUUCGCCAGUUAGCAGCCAAGAGAGUGAUGUGGUAGCCCAACUCCCCCGUGUCCGGGAAAAGCUGCCGACUCGCUCGCUCUCUGUGUCCAAGAAACGGUCGCGCCAGACCAAGCUGACCCAAAUAGUGGACAGGACAGUGGUUGGAAGGACAAAAGACCCUGUACAGAACAACACGUUUAUUUCCCGUGUGCAGGAGAGCGCCCCCACCAGGUUGCUCAGCUCGGCAAAAGAUUCCUCAGGACUGGUGAGUCCCAUCAUUAUACAGCCCACCGGGGUAAUGCUAAAUCCCACCGUGCCUCCACCAAUCAGAGUGCGAGUCAGAGUACAGGAUAACAUCUUCCUGAUCCCAAUACCUCACAGUGACGGUGAGAGCCGGGAGAUCUCGUGGUUGGCCGACCAGGCUGCUCAGCGCUACUACCAGAGCUGCGGGCUCCUCCCUCGCCUCACCCUGAAGAAAGAGGGGGCCCUACUGGCUCCCCAAGAUCUCAUCCUACAUGUGCUGCAGAGCAAUGAGGAGGUGCUGGCGGAGGUGCAUUCGUGGGACCUGCCCCCUCUCACAGAGCGCUACAAGAAGGCCUGCCAGAGCCUGGCUGUGGAGGAGAAUGGCCUGUUGCUAAAAGCCCUGGAGCGUCAGGAAAGCAGCCCGUGCCUAACGUUUUCCCACCUGUCUCUCCGCCCACGAGCCCUCGGCCCCCUCCUCCGAGCCUUAAAGCUGCAGAACUCCCUGCGCCAGCUGCACCUCAGCGGCAAUCUUCUGGGGGAUACGGAAGCGUCGGAGCUGCUGGCAGUGCUAAGUACAAUGCCCAACCUCACCCACCUCAAUCUCUCCUCCAACCGGCUCACCCACGAGGGCAUCAGGAGGCUGGCCAACAGAACAGGCGCACAGGAGGACGGCCCCUUUAAGAGCCUGGAGCAUCUGGACCUGAGUGUGAACCCACUUGGGGAUGGUCUGUCCCAGCCACUGGCUCUUCUUCUUCACUCUUGCCCAGUACUCGGCACUUUACACCUGAGGGGCUGCCAGUUGUCCGCCAAGUUCUUACAGCAGUACCGCAUGCAACUGUCAGAAGCCUUCCGAGCUGUGCACCUAAGGACCCUCUCCCUAUCCCACAAUCCUCUGGGCUCCACUGGUUUGGAACUUGUCCUAAAGACGCUGGCGCCUGACACAUUAACAAGGUUGGACAUCAAAGCAGUGGCUUCUGGGAAUAAGGAGGGUCUUCUGAUUGAGCCGUUGGUCCGAUACCUCUCACAGGACGGAUGUGUCUUGUCUCAUCUGAGCCUCUCCUGCAAUCACCUGACUGACGUGUCUGUGCGGGAGCUCGCCAGGUGCCUCCCUGUCUGUCCUCCUUUGGUCUCCAUAGACCUGUCUGGGAAUUCGGGCAUUGGUGCUGAUGGGCUGGAAUAUCUCUUGGAGGGGAUUGGAGAGCGGAACACAGAGAUGGUUGACCUUAACUUGACAGGCUGCAGUAUCCGCGGGCCCCUCAGUAGCUCCUGUUUGGACGCCAUCUCCUCCUCGCUGUGUGAACUCAGACUGGCGUCUCAUUGCCUCAGUAAGAUGGACAGAGAUUCCCUGGCACAGGCCUGGCACGGGGACCCACUGGUACUUAAUCGCCAACACAAAAUCUUCUGCAAGAGCCGCUGACUGGAAUGAAGAGAAGGUCUGAUUGGGACUCUGUGUCACAUGGUGUCUGUGAGGGCGGAGUCAGGGAGUGACACUCUUCAGGUGCACAGACCUACCUGUGGACACUGCAAUGUAAUGGACUGACCCACGGGGAUGGGGGUGUAGGGUUAGGAUAAUGGGGCUCAGAUUUUUUUCUCAAGGUUCCGGCUCUGGUGCAGGUUCUGGGAGUUUAACACUGAGGGGCAACUUUCAAGUGGCCAGAGGACUUAUAGGAAUAGCCCGUCCCUAAUAAACGUCAUUGCACCUUCCUGCAGGCCACAGGAGCAUUCUGGGUAAUGGUGCAUUAUUUGUGGGGACAACAGAAAAGUGCAUUAAAAUAAUGUUUGUACUUCCAGCACCUGCCAGAGGUGGCGCCACCCACUGCCCUCAUUAACUGCCCAUUGCUGGGAGCGACCUGAAUGUGUUUAUUUUAUGUGGCAGGAAUUAUGUGCGGCUCUUUUUAACCCUGAUGUUUUUAGCUGAGAGGGCGGGUACUGCUGGGCAUGGGGGUGUGGCCAAUUGUGUUCAGCCAAUAGCAUCUGCCCUUUAUGUGCGUCUCUAUUUAUGUUUGUGUGUUCCUUUUGGAUCCAAAUAAACCCGUUGUGGAAAA